CACAUGGUUCUGGGUGUAAACUGGUUCUGAUUGGGUCCAGUUAAUCACAUGGUUCUGAUGUAAACUGGUUCUGAUUGGGUCCAGUUACUCACAUGGUUCUGGGUGUAAACUGGUUCUGAUUGGGUCCAGUUAGUCACAUGGUUCUGGGUGUAAACUGGUUCUGAUUGGGUCCAGUUAGUCACAUGGUUCUGGGUGUAAACUGGUUCUGAUUGGGUCCAGUUAGUCACGUGGUUCUGAUGUAAACUGGUUCUGAUCGGGUCCAGUUAGUCACAUGGUUCUGGUUGUAAACUGGUUCUGAUUGGGUCCAGUUAGUCACAUGGUUCUGGUUAUAAACUGGUUCUGAUUGGGUCCAGUUAAUCACAUGGUUCUGGGUGUAAACUGGUUCUGAUUGGGUCCAGUUAAUCACGUGGUUCUGGUUAUAAACUGGUUCUGAUUGGGUCCAGUUAAUCACAUGGUUCUGGGUGUAAACUGGUUCUGAUUGGGUCCAGUUUGUCACAUGGUUCUGGUUAUGAUCUGGUUCUGAUUGGGUCCAGUUAGUCACAUGGUUCUGGUUAUAAACUGGUUCUGAUUGGGUCCAGUUAGUCACAUGGUUCUGGUUAUAAACUGGUUCUGAUUGGGUCCAGUUAGUCACCUGUAACAGCUGCUCUGCCAUUGGUCAGCCAGGGGGAAGGUGCAGACAGCGCCUCCUGUGGUCAGCAGAAGGAUCUGCGCCUUCCUCCUGGCUGACCAAUGGCAAAGCAGCUGGCCCACAAAGCACCGCCCACCUCAUUAGCAUAAAGAGGCAGGAAGUAUAAAAUGUGAAAGCAUGGAUAAAAAGGCUUGUGGGGGAAAUAAGGAAAAUUGAAGGAGAAACGAGACAUGAAGGCAUCUUCCUCCUUAAUUGUUCAACGUGAAUAUUUAACAUCUAUAAAUAAAUAAAGAUCUUUAAUUCAAAUAAUAAACCAAUGUUUAAAUAAUAGACUGAAAAUAAAAAAAUGUAAAGGUAUAAACCAACUGGACCCAACCGGCAGGAAGGUUCUGUAUUAUUUGGACCUCUUUAAAUCCGAGGUGAGUUUGUCUGAUGACCCAGAAGAACCAGAACCAGCAGAACAAUGAGGUUCUGCUGCUGCCUUGCUCUGCGGCGGGUGUUCGCCCCCUCCCCCCUCUCUCUGUAGGAGGGUCCUCCUCCAAAGUUCUGCCCGCUGCUGCAGAACCCAGUCCUCCUCGCUGCCUGCAGGACCACCCGUCCCCGGACCCAGUCAGAGCCUCUGGACCGAACCGAACCCCGCGGUCAGUCUGAGCGCCUCUCCACCAUGAGUCUGGGCACCAGCGACCUCUCUGAGCUGCUGGAGUUGUGGGCGGAGCUUAACCUGACUGCCGCCGCCUCCAACCUGUCUCGGGUGGAGGCGGCGGUGUGUUCGGGUGCCGUCGGCCACGGCGCUCUCCUCCACCUCCUCUCCGUCCUCUACGCCUCCAUCUUCCUGGUGGGGCUGGCCGCCAACGUCCUGGUUCUGGUGCUGCGGCUGCGCCCCGGCAGGAGCGGCGGGGGCCCUCAGCUGUACGCGGUGCACCUGGCGGGGGCCGACCUGUGCGCGGUGCUCACCCUGCCGCUCUGGGUGGCGUCUCUGCUGCAGGGCGGCCUCUGGCCUUUUGGGGAGGCCGUCUGCAAGGUCACCCACCUGGUCUUCAGCGUCGGCCUGUACGCCAGCGUCUUCUUCCUCGCCUGCGUCAGCGUGGAACGCUACCUGUCGGCCACUCGGCUCUGCGGCGCCCCCGGUGGGCGUCGCAGGAAGGCGCUGCGGCGGCUGACCUGCGCCCUGCUCUGGCUGCUGGCGCUGCUGGCGUCCCUCCCUGACGCCUACUUCCUGCAGGCGGUGAGGUCCCCCCAGCGCGACCGCGCCGUGUGCCGGCCCGUGUACCCGUCAGAGGACCCCAGGCGCUGGACGGCGGCGGUCCAGCUCAGCUUCUUCGUCCUGGGCUUCGCCGUCCCCUUCCCCGUCAUCGCCACCUCCUACCUGCUCCUGGCUGCGGCCGCCCCCCCCGGCCUGGCUCUGGAGCGCAGCGCCGGCCGGCGGGCGGUCCUGUCCUACAUCCUGGUGUUCCUGGCGUGCUGGCUGCCGUUCCACGCCGUCCUGCUGCUGGACUCUCUGACGCUGCUGGACGUCCUGCCCUUCUCCUGCCGGCUGGAGAGCUUCCUGGACGUGGCGCUGCACCUGACCCAGUGCUUCUCUCUGCUGCACUGCUGCGCCAACCCCGUCCUCUACACCUUCCUGCACAGAACCUACAGCCGCCGCCUUACCAAGGCCUUCGUCUUCCAGUACUCCACCAGAACCGGGCUGGCCAGGCUCAUGGACACCUCACAGGCCUCAGAGACCGAGACCUCCGCUGUCAUGGUGGACCACAGCGGUCCGGUUUGAGGCGGACAGCAGUGCUCCCUAAGGCAUGGCAACAGCAGCGGGUCUUUAGGGUCAGAUCUGUUUGGACCGUCUGGUUCUGGUGGCCCAGCACCAGGAACUCCACUCCAGCCAUGGACAUUGGCAGGAGACAGAACCAUGGCAGUAUGAGAGACAAAUGGAGAGACGGCGUUCUGCAGAGACUCGCCAGAACCUGCAGAUCCGUUGGAGAUGUUUGUGGCUCGGUUCAGGGAGCAGUUCAGUUCUCGUUCUUCAUUUGUAGUCUUAGUGUAAAGGACUGGACCAGGGCGGUUCUGGUCCUGCUGGGCCUGUGGCGCCCCCUGGAGGUUGUGAUGGGAAAACAUUGUAAUUGUGAUGAACCGCUGAUGUCCCCACAUGUGCUGCUGUACAGUCAUUAUCACUAAUAAUCACAUUAUGUGGUUCUCUUGUUCAAACUAAACCUGCUUCAAGGACAGUUCUGUCAGAACCGGGCCCAGAACCACUUCAGUAGAAAGUGUGUUCUCAUGCGCCUCCUUCUGGUUCUGACCCGGGACCAGGAGGCACAGAGCUGAGGGUCCACCUCCUCGUCCAUCAGGACGUCCCAAGGAAAUGAUUUAGAUUUCCUCACAUCCAGUUUUCUGGAUUUAAAUAUUUGGUGAAGAAACAGGUUCUAGUAGACCCGGGAUGCUGAAACCGGGUCCUGUUAACAGCGGGAGGACUUCUCCUAGAAGUGCUAAAAUACCAGGAGGAAUAACAUAGUUCGGUAACUGUAUCUGUACUUGUAUAUUUGGUUUAAAGGGGACAUUUCCUGCUUGUAAACCAUGCAGUUGUGGUCUAAAUAAAGGGAAACUACAACGC